AUGGUGGAGCAGGGAGACGCGGCGCCGCUGCUGCGCUGGGCCGAGGGCCCCGCGGUCUCCCCGCCGCAGGCCCCGCAGCUGCAGGCAGGACGGGGCCGGGCCGGCGGCGGGGGUGCCCGGGCGGCCGCGGAGCCGCGCGGGAGGCGGGAACCUGAGGAGCCGGCUCCCCCCGAGGUGCUGCUUCAGCCCGGGCGCCUGGAGCUGGGCGACGUGGAGGAGGACCAGGUGGUGGCGGUAUUCGUGGUCACCUUCGACCCCCGCUCGGGAAACAUGGUGGAAUGGUGCUUACCUCAAGAUAUUGACCUUGAAGGUGUUGAGUUCAAGUCUAUGGCCAGCGGGUCCCACAAAAUUCAGUCUGACUUCAUCUAUUUCCGAAAAGGGCCCUUCUUUGGCCUGGCCUGCUUUGCCAACAUGCCCGUGGAAAGCGAGCUGGAACGUGGCGCACGAAUGAAGUCUGUGGGCAUCCUCUCUCCUUCCUACACCCUGCUUUACCGGUACAUGCACUUCCUGGAGAACCAGGUUCGACACCAGCUGGAGAUGCCGGGACAUUACUCUCAUCUGGCUGCCUUCUACGAGGACAAGAAAGGGGUGCUCCAUGCCGGCCCUGGCAGAGGCAGCAGCCUGCCCCCUGUCUACUGGCUGCCUUCCAUCCACCAAUACAUGUACCCUGAGAUGAAGAUCACACACCCAGCUGGCUGCAUGUCUCAGUUUAUUAAGUUCUUUGGAGAACAGAUCCUCAUCCUCUGGAAAUUUGCCUUACUUCGAAAGCGCAUUUUGAUCUUUUCUCCCCCACCUGUGGGCGUUGUGUGUUAUAGAGUGUACUGCUGCUGCUGCCUGGCUAACGUCUCGCUGCCUGGCAUCGGGGGCACCAUUCCUGAGUCCAAGCCUUUCUUCUACGUGAACGUGGCUGACAUCGAGAGCCUGGAGGUAGAGGUGUCCUAUGUGGCCUGUACCACAGAGAAGAUAUUCGAGGAGAAGCGGGAGCUGUACGACGUCUACGUGGAUAACCAGAAUGUGAAGACGCACCACGACCACCUGCAGCCGCUGCUGAAGAUCAACAGUGCGGACAGGGAGAAAUACCGGCGGCUCAACGAGCAGAGGCAGCUGUUGUUGUAUUCCCAGGAAGUGGAAGAAGACUACAACCCUUGUGAAGAGGACCUGUUUGUGCUGUUUUUCUUAGAACAAAACAACCGGAUAUUUCAGACUUUGUUGGAGGUGUCUGCCAGUCAAGACAAAACUCUGACAGCAGAGCAUGCCCGGGGCAUGGGUCUGGACCCCCAGGGAGACCGGAGCUUUCUCAUGGACCUGCUGGAGGCCUAUGGCAUCGAUGUCAUGUUGGUCAUUGACAACCCAUGUUGCCCAUAGGAAGAGUGACACAGGGCUGCAGAGCCGCUCACGUGAGGUGACAGCAGCCUGGAGUUCACCCGAGACCCCCCCAAAGGGCCUCGUUUUUUAUUACGUUUACACAAAGGAAUAUUGUUUAUACUUUCCAACAAAUGUAAUUUUUGCAAUUUCCUUUCUGCCCUUUCUCCCUAGAGGUAAGGUCAGACUGCCCUUGGUUUGUGUCCUGCUUUGGUGUAGGGCACUGGAAUCUGCCACUUUCUCCUAGAGCUGCUUGUCCUUUGGGUUUGGUCCUAGGAGUUGUAUCACUCUGAGCAGGCGGUAUACUCAAGAAUAAGACAACCAUCUGUCCAGUGUGGCCUUAGAUAUUCAUCUGCCUAAAGGUGGAAACUAGACCAGAUGACCUGUCAACGUUUUUACCAGUUGUAGAAGUCGGUAGUCUAGGGAUCAAAUCUCUUUUCUUGUUCACUCGGGCAACUCUGUCUUCUCUGUUCACUUGAGUCAAGACCACAGAGGGACAAAAGGAUAUUUCUGACUUCAAAUAUCAGCAUCUCUUAAGGACAGAAUGACAGGGAGAGGUUGCUCAUCAGUGAGCUGAAAACUAAAGUUAUAGAAUGAAGCCUUGAAACCUUUCUCAAAGUAACUUAAUGGUGGGAACUCAGUGGAAUAUUCCUCUUUCUCUGAACCCCUCCUCUUGGGAUGGGUUGGUGAAUUCCUUAAGGGCCAAUGCUGGCCUUGGAGCUUGCAAGCAAAUUCAUUAUAUAAGUUAAUCUCUUUUAAGGGCUAAACAUCCUCUUGGAGUAAUUUGGGUAUUUUUAAAGGAUAGAGUUUGGGCUCCCAAAAGGUAGAGCGGUUAAGGUUCAAGCAGGAUGGAGAAGCAGCUCGAAGUUUGUUCAUGAGGACGAGAGUGCUCUAGAGGCACUAGCAGCAGUGCCUGUGGAUCAACACAGGUUUACUGGAUCCCAGAGUACAGAAAAGAUCUGAGCUGCUUAACUCAGAGGUUGGAGUGUGAUGGUAACAAGACUGGUUAUUACUUUGGAGCCCUGACAAACAGACUUCUCCUCAGCAGAAGCAGCAUUCCUUAGGCUAAGGUAAUUGGGUCCAGAGACCUAACAGAAUUGUUAGAAAAUGUGACGGUGCCUUCAUCUGGGAAAGUGGUCCGGAACCCGAGUGUCGGUGGCGAGUUUAUCCACCUUCUGAGGUGUUUUGGUCUGGGCUGGGUCCUCUUGCUACCUGCCUGGAAGGAUGGCAGCGUAAGUGAGACAGUUAGUAUGUGUUGGUCAGAAAGCCAGCUCCUGUGAGUCGAGUUUAGGCCUUUUUCGCCAUAACUGAGAAUUUCAACUUGGGAUACUGGGUUUUUGUCACAAUUUCUUCCUCUUCACCUUUCUGCCCGGUUAUGUUAUUGGAGCAGACAGAUGCGUCCAUGUGUCUGACCAAGCCCAGCAGAGACAAAUAACCUUCAAAUGGAUGAGUUGCAUGUCUCACCUCAAGACGAGGUUCUUAGGGCUUAUUGCUUUAUUCGAAAGUAUUUUCACUGUAGUUCCUUGAUAUGGAAUUCAAGACUGAAGGAAUUCACAUGUGGAAAUGCAAAUAGACAUCAAUUAAUCAAGGUAGGAUCUUUUAUGUAAAUAUAUAAAUAAGUUUGGGCAUUGAAAUGUAAACCGUACAACUAAUACAUUUUUCUCUUUUGUAGUGUGGGCUUAUUAAUAGCUAUCAUUUCAGUAACAUACCCUUACAAAAGAAAAGAAUUCUGUAUUUAGAAGCUGUAGCUUCACCUGUUCUUCCCUUUUAUGAGCAACCCUCACUUGCCUCUCAAGUGUUGGGGGGAACUUCCUAACUUGGGGCAGGUGAUGUUUUAGUGGUCCUGAGGCUCAGGGUGUCCUCAGUUGGGGAUGAGUGGUUAGAGGCAGGAGUAGGAUAGAAGGAAAGGCCUGCUUCUCCCAGGGGACACAGGCAGACCCUUUUUGUCUGGUAUCGGGGCAUUUGCUGGAAGUACACCAUUUUAAACAUUUCUGCUCCAGAGCCUUCUGCGUGCAACACUUCUGUCUCCUUGCUACUUUAACUCCAAGCUCAGAAGUGCUGAUGUAAGAAUAACAGGGUGAAGAUGAGGGUCCUGUAUUUUCCUCUGAAUGGUGAGUCAGGACUUCUGAGUUCCUCCUCACGUCAAGGUUUUCUACCCAGCUGUCUGUCUGGCAUCUCCAUGUGUCUACCCUCACAGUCACGCAGAGGGCCAGGGUACAGGUGACCCUCAGGGGGAGAGUUCCAGGGAGGCAGUGCCAUGUCUUAGGUCACAGGGGCCUGGGCUCAGCUGACCCCAAAGCAGAACUUCUCCCUUUAGGAGGGAACCCAAGGAAUCUGUCCUUCCCUGCCUUGCCACCUUCUUCAUAGGGCCAGAAAUCUUGCGCACAGACUCUGCAUGACUGAACAGCACAUGCGUUAUCUCUUAGGUUACCUUUGUCACUGGUUGUCUCCUCCAAGUAUGUCUUGCCUGGGUUGUGAAGUUACUUUCGAGGUCACCUUUUGAAGGUUUGCUCUGUACCAAACUCUACUGCCCAUGUCGGAAGUCAGCAGGCACAACCCAGCGUCGUUUGCUGCCGGCUCUCUACAAGGGCAGUAGCUUUGUGAGGUACUAGGCAGGGAUACUCCACAGUGACAGCAGAAGCUAGGAGCCAUGUGGACCUGCUUUUCUGUCACUCUUGAUAUAUUUUCUGAGAAACCAUCUGCUUUUUCGGGAAGAAGGUGGUGAACGUCCUGCACCUGUAGGCCCUUUAGGGGCAGGUAUCAUUACCACCAUUGACCUCCUGGAGCACGGUUGGAAACUGGGGUGUGGGUGGCUCCUGCCCCUCUCUGCUGUUGGGCUUCACCCCUCCCUGCCUGUACUGCUUAGUCCUCCUGGGGAGCUGUAAGCCUUGCCUCAUGCCGUGAACCAUGUGCUAACUUGUAAAUACUUGCUGACCUGUGAUGUCAGAGCUGCCCUAUCAUUCCUGAAUAAGUCAGAUUCCUUAUGGGAACUAGAAUCCGGGUUUGGGGUUGGUAUCCACGUAAAAUAUGACAAAGGGGCCUGUUAAAGAUGUUUUCAGUUUUGUAGGCUCAGCAGAUAGUAAUACUCAGCCUUUGGGGAAAUGUCCACUUGUCUCCUGGCUUAGAACUCUUUUUCCAUAAGGAGUCAGAAAUGGUAGGGCUUAUCUCCCACCAGACUUAAAACUAUGGGCUAAAUAAUUUGUUUAGAAUUAGCCUUGGCUUUAAACAUGAAGCAUUCCCCAAGCUGGGUGUAGAUCCAUUCCAGUGUUACUGUCCCACCUGGGGCUGUCCAGUCCUCAGGAAAUUAUGAUUCCAAUGAGUUAGAAGGCACUUAACUCCCCUACCAUCAUCCAUUAUGGCAUCUCUUCCAUCUGGCUAGGGGAGGGAAGCUGAAUUCAUUGAGAUGUAGCUAUAGAAAUAAUUUAACAUAGGAAUUUGUAUCUAUAACUUGUUUCGUGUGAAAAUCAGGAUGGGAAAGUUAAAGAGUAGCACACAGGUAAUAGAUAAUCCCAGAUGUCACAUGUGAAGAUUCAUUUAUCAUGAAACUACCUAUGAUAUUUUAGCUAGAAGAUAAAUCAUUGUUUUUUGUUCUGGUGGCUGUGAGGAUGAAUUUGCUGUCUAUCUUGAUACACUGAAAGCCCUUCAAACACAAUACAAAGAUGAAAUUACCUUUAAACUGAGAACUGCAGGGAACCUUUUGUAAAGGGCAGUAAUGAAUUAACCUUCUAGUGGUGGGACAUUGACCCUCCCAGAAGAGGUAGGGGCCCCAGGGCCAUUUUUUUCCCCUUUGAAACUGCACAGCCCAGGGAAUGGACUGCGAUGUUUUCUGCAGUCCCAGUGUAGGUCAUCCUUGGAGAGCUAAAGGAUGGGAUGGAGGGGACGGAUGAGUGAAAUUAUGAUAAUCAGCUUGACAGUGAACUUGUCUUAGUAUUAUGACAGUACUAAAGUAGGCAAGAAAAUUAAUAUGGGGAUGAACGUGCCAGGCGUGGGCUUAUCUCCCUGUUAAGUCCCAGGCUAGUGGGCUUGGAAUCUGUGACGUGUCCAGUUCCUCAGUUGUACCCUGUUCCUCAUUUGUACCCUGAGGCGAGAAUCCUGCAGAGGCAAAGGCUUACCUCGGCAGGCCCAGCCCCGCCCUAGCCCUUCUCAUGUCAGGAAAACCCUUUUCCCAUUCAGGUAGGGGGAGAGGAGGAGUUAAGGGCUCCUUUUACUCCCAAGGCAUGGAUUUUUAAUAUUCCAUUUUUAUUACUAAUAUACCUCUGUUCCCAGGAGCCACUGGAGUGUUGUGUAUUGUGGGAAAAGGCUAACUGUGAAUUAAGUUAAUGUUUUCUUAUAAGAAAUGGGAGUUUAUUUUUAUAUCAAUAUUACUAUGUGAUGAACUGAGUAUGCAGAUACUGAAAUGGAGGGAAAUUUCAAACUAUAAUCCUGGAAGAAAUGGGCAGCUUUGUAAUUUGGUAGCAGCUGAGACCCCAUAGAAGUUUUACCGUGUCAGUAUUUCACAGAGUGAACAAGGAGAUUGAGCUGUGAAAUCCUGACAGCACUCUUUAGGAGAUGAACAUACAAACACCAACCUUAAGUAAAACUCUAGUAUAAAAGGGGGUAAAUGUGAUCGUUCUGAUUAUUAUGUCUCUUAGUCAACUGGAGAGAGGUGGGAGUAGGAGGUAGUUUUAUAACUAGCACUUUAAUUCAUUUUUGGAGCUGAAAUUUAGGGGCACUUGGAUGAAAAAUGAUGAUGUAGAAAUAAAGCCUUGCUGUCAUCUUUUUAGAAUUUAUUCUAGAAUUUCGCCAUAGCACAGGCUUUUAGAACUAAUAUGACCUAAACUGAGAAAGUUUAUUUAAUUAUAGUAAAGUAGGUGUGAAUUGCUUAUGUUUGCUGUAGGAUGCUAAUUUAGACUAAUAAAUUGACUUUGCUUGGUAAGGACACUUGGGGAAUGUAGGGGUAAGGCAGGGUGUCAUAAAUUAGCCAGAGAUGAUCCACGAAAUGAAACGCCCACACAGGGCUGACUAAGUGAGACGGUUGCAAAUAUAUUUAAUUAGCAUUAGAGUGAAAACUCCUUCCUUUGAGUAAAUUAAGCAAAGAUAAAGUAUAUAAAAAAUUUUUACGGUAGUGGUAGGGAAAAAAAAGCUUGGGUCUGGCAUGGCCCCAAGUCUCUGAGUGAAGGAUGGUAGAGAUCUGUGCUUUGGAACAGCCAGCCUGGAUGGGAGACUUCAGGGGUAGAGAGCAGAGGAAAAGCAAAAUGAAUUUCCUUUAUUUACCCUAAGCUUAUUGACUACAUUUUUUUUAAAGGUCUGAGAAAUAAACCUUUCCUAAAAACAAAAUAGUUGUAGCCUUGGAAGAACUGUUUUCCUAUUUUUUCUGAGUUAGGAUCAGCAUAGCCUCCCUGUCGCCUUAAAUGUAAAAACCUUAUUUUGACUAAUACCCCAGCAUAAGAGUUAUAGCAAUAAGAGAAACUGAAUCUAUUUUUGUUUCAAGUCUUUACCUCAUAUUAUGAAACAUAGUUCAUAAAUUUUGCCCUGACUACUACUGCAUACAGGUAUGUUGUGCUCUCUUUGUUUUGGUGGUGAUAAUUUUAAAGGCCUAAACAAAGUUGGGGUUAACCGUGAAGCUAAGAGUAUAUGUUUCUUGAAUUUGAUUUUGUUCUGUGGUACAAAAAAACAUGUAUGUAUAUCAUAUCUGUAUAUAUCUGAACCAAGUUGUGUGCAGAAAGGUUGAUAUAACUAUAUUUACAGAAAAUGAUUUUUACAAUUAAAGUUCACACUUUAACAUGAA